ACCAUUUCUGUCGGUAUGUUAGCUAGCCAUGCCGGAACUACAGAAUACAUGCUGACACGAGUUGUUUUCGCCCAGUGUUUUCGCCUUUAUUGCCAGUUAACGGCUGUGGGCUUAGUGGUUGUGUUUCAAAUGACAAAUGAAAAUCCGUCAAAGGGAUUAGCGAUGACGGGUGCGAGUGUAACUGAAAAAACAUCCACCAACAACCCCUUGGAGCAGUUUGUCCUUCUGGCUAAAACUGCUAAAGGCGCGGCAGCGGUGGAGCUGAUAAAGCAGGCCGUUGAAGCACCUGGAGUAAAUGUUUUCGGGGAGCUGCUGGAUAUGCCGAACAUAAAAGAAUUGGAGAACGGACCGUACGCCGAGUAUUGGAACACAUUGAACCUCUUCGCCUAUGGCACGUACAAGCAGUACUUGGCGAACAAAGAUAAACUGUUCCACCUCACACCCGUUCAGAAAAAGAAGCUCCAGCAUUUGACGAUAGUCACGCUAGCCACGAAAUCAAAGUGCAUACCUUACUCCGUUCUGCUAGAAGAGCUUGACUUGAAGAAUGUCAGAGACCUGGAGGAUCUGAUAAUCGAGGCUGUUUACGCCGAUAUUAUCCAUGGUAAAUUGGACCAGAAGAAUUCACAGCUAGAAGUUGACUAUGCUGGAUUAGGUCGGGAUGUCAGACCCGGUGAUACCGGCGCCGUUGCAGAAAUCUUGACUGCCUGGGGUGAGGCCUGCGACACGGUACUGAACUGCAUUGAGCAGCAGGUGCUUAGGGCCAACAGUGAAAAACAAAAGGCAACACAACACCAAGAAAAACUUAAGCAGGAGAUCCAAGCCGUAAGAAAAUCAAUCACAGCUCAUACAGUACGCGGGGUUGUCCAGGAGGCAGAUGUCGCUGGUGGCGGGAUCGAAUCUGGAUCGGGAGGAAGCGAAACGAGCCGAGAAGCCGUGCCUGUUCCACCAGAUACUAAAAAGAAACAACAAAAACCAAAAGGUAUUCGAGGCAGUGGUCACUAAUGAAAGAGUGUGUGCCAGUGACAAGAUUGAAGAAUCUAAAAUCUGAGAGGUGUCUUCGUAUUUAAUUAAGUAAUGUUUGAUUAACACGACUAGUGACAUCAGGCUGGGGGCAUCGGGCUCAUCUAUGCUCAGAGCCUGCCGAAGAGACCUCUGAUCUCUAAAUUCGUUUCUAAUCUCCGUAUAUUUCUCGUCGUUUUUUCGAAUUCUUCGAACAUCAUCCGAACACUGCGAUUAAUCGUAGGUAUUGUUUCUCCAACGUCUGACGGUAUACGAAUAAUAACGAAAAUAAUACGCAAUAAUAAUUAGAUCUAGCUGCGAUAUCUGAAGUGCGAUAAGAACGGAUUUUUUUUCAUCCUCGGGCAUCGGAGCUCGGUUUUGUGACUUGUUGGUGCAAUCGCAUAUUAUACGUGUAAUGUAACAUAAAUUAUACUGUGUAUGUGUCGUGUGUAAAAUAAUGUAUCUUGAAUAUAACAAUACAUAAUUAUUACAACAGCUGUAUAUCGUAUAUACAUUACUGAUACUGUGUUACAUAUAUAUAUAUAUACACACAUUGUUUAAUAUAUUAUUAUUAUUAUAAUUAUUAUGAAUAUUGUUUUUACUGUUGCUAUUGUGUUAUAAAACUAUUUCUACCCUCUACGUUCAUACGUUUAUAUUAUAUCAUUAUUAAUCUUCGAUCUCUAUGCUUUAUUACAAAUAUAUUUGUAUAGAAAUUAUAUCGAGAGCUGAAUAUGAAUUUAUAAGAACGGCGUAGAAUUCAGGUGUAAUUAAUUCAAUAACAUUCGUGGUUUUACCGGAAUUAAAGCUGGGGCCAAUAUGUCAACUAGUUGAAUAGUUAAAAGUGACUUGGAUUGCACGUGUUGCGUUAUUCGUUAAUAAACCGGUUUCAGUUAGAAUGAUACGAAGAAGAAUAUUCGUUUUUCUUAAACGUAAAAUAGAGAAACUGUAUAAAUUUUAUUCAACUGCACAAUUCUUACGAUCGUUCACUUUUCCGAGCUCUCGAACAAUAUAUUAACGAUACCUCGCGUAUAGUUAAAUACGUCUACCGAUUGCAAUUCCUAUAGUCUGCAGAAAUAUUAUCACAUAAAUGAGUGAAAAUAAAAAGAGAAUUGUCGUAAGAUUAACCGGAUUAAAUUUAUUCCUAUAUAAUUUCUAUUUCUUAAUACUAUCUGUAACAGUACAGUAUUUAAGUAGUGCGUAUUUAUUACCAACGAGUUUUCCCGCUUUUCGUUAUAAUCAACUCAGUGAGUGUGUAUUUUUAUUUAUCGGUGCUUCAAAUUUGCUUUAAAUUUUGACAUUUUUUUGCGAGACGGAAAGAAAAGGAUAAUAUCAAAAACUGUGAAUUCAAUUUUCCCAGUUUUCAUGAAUUGUUUCGAUUCUGUUACAAAGCACGAAUAAACACGUCGAAGGAUUAAAUUUUUCAUGACAACAAUUCAAAUACUUAACUUGCGAGUUGCACAAAUAUCAAUGACACGCGUUCAGAGGUGAAAAAGGAUACGGAAAUUUUUGUAUUACAACUAUUACGUAUAUAUGUAUUUACAUAAAAAUUACACUACCGUAACGCAAUAUAUCAACUUUCACGUAAAAAAACCGACCGCGGUGCGUGCAAUCACCUCAUAAUUUAUAUUUUAAUUCCUUGUUGUCUUUCUUCUCCAAUUGGAACCUUACGCAUAACAAUAUAUCAUAUAUGUACAUACACUAUACCGUUACAUAUUUAAUAACAUACAAAAAUGAACAGUUGAUGUCAUAUCUAAUAAUAAUAUCAUAUAAUAUCAGAUUAUACGUAUAUAUGCUUAUGUACUUUGGCCGUCUUUGCUACGUAUUUUUUGUUUACGCGUA